CACUGUCAUUCCAAGGGUAAGCCAUUGGUCACACUAUCCUCCCUCUUCUCACAUUCGAGACCACAAAGUGCUAUACUCAUCUCCUCAUAGCUACGGGCGGUCUUCAGUCACCUGUCAGCCAGCAAGUACCCACUCAACAUCACACCUCAACGACCAAUCUCCAUCAGCACCAACAUGGGUUCGGCCUUCAAGAAACCACCGCAGGCGCCGCCGCUCUUCACUCACACUCCUGAGAGCCUGAUCGCCGACACCGAACGAUUUCUAGCUUCGUCCAAAUCGUUACAGGACCGUAUUGCCAAGGAGGUGACUACAGAGACAGCCACCUUCAAGAAUGCAAUCUUGCCCUUUGCACAGGAUGACAAUGAGGUCGCCUUACAAUCCCAUAUCAUUGGCUUCUACCAAUCGGUCUCGACUGAUGCAAAGCUCCGUGACGCAUCGACCGAGGCGGAGAAACAGAUGGACAAAUUUGGCAUUGAGACGUCGAUGCGUGAGGACUUGUUCCAGCUCUGUAAUGCUGUGCACAAUAAGCAAAAGGACGAUGCUGCAUUAGACCCAGAGAGUCAAAAAUUACUACAAAAGGACUACAAGGAUUACGUCAAGAUGGGAUUGGGCAUUCCAGCCGGACCAAAACGUGAUCGGUUCAAGGCGAUCAAGGAGCGUCUGUCCGAAUUGGGAAUUACUUUCCAGAAGAACCUGAACGAGGAGAAUAGUGGACUGUGGCUGACUCCCGAAGAGCUGAAAGGCGUGCCUGCCGAUGUGGUAGAUGGUCUGCAGAAGGGCAAGGAGGGCAGUGAGAAUGCUGGAAAGCUUUUCCUGACUUUCAAAUAUCCGGAUCUGUUCCCGACAUUGAAGUACUGCAAAAGCGAGGAUGUCCGGCGAAGAGUGUUUGUCGCAAAUGAGAACAAGUGUGCCGACAACGUGCCGCUCUUCAAGGAGGCUAUCGUUCUCCGUGACGAGAGCGCGCGUUUGCUCGGCUAUCCUGAUCACGCGACUUUCCGCAUCGAAGAUAAGAUGGCCAAGACGCCCAAGACGGUGAACGACUUUCUCGGAGAUCUGCGUGAGCGUCUCGCUCCGGGUGGUGUCAAGGAGAUUGAAAAGCUGAAGGAGUUGAAGAAGCAGGAGGGCGGAAGCACCGACACUGAGCACUACUACCUGUGGGAUCACCGAUACUUUGACACCCUCAUGCUUGAGAAGGACUACCAGCUUGAUCAGAACAAAAUAUCGGAAUACUUUCCGUUACAGACUAGCAUCUCCGGCAUGCUUAACAUCUUCGAAGAGCUUUUCGGCUUGCAGUUCGUCGAAGUCGUAGGUGCGCACCGUGACGAGAUUUCGCCCUCCGGCAAGGGUACGGACAUCAUCUGGCACCCUGACGUGCAGGUCUUUGCCGUCUGGGACGAUGCAAGCGAGGGCAACGGCUUCGUCGGCUACCUCUACCUCGAUUUGUUCCCUCGCGACGGCAAAUAUGGUCAUGCAGCCAACUUUAACCUUCAGCCGGGUUUCCUCCACCCCGAUGGCACUCGCCGAUACCCUGCGACAGCGCUGGUGUGCAACUUCUCCAAGCCCACAGCGAAGAAGCCUUCGCUUCUCAAGCACGACGAGGUCGUGACACUAUUCCACGAGUUGGGUCAUGGUAUCCACGAUUUGGUGGGCCGUACAAUCUACUCCCGCUUCCACGGAACGUCGACGGUGCGUGACUUCGUCGAGGCGCCGUCGCAGAUGCUCGAAAACUGGUGCUGGACACCAUCACAGCUGCGAUCUUUGUCGAAGCAUUGGUCGUACCUUUCUCCCGAAUACUUGGAGGCAUGGCGGGAACAGCAAGGUUCCACUUCUGUUUCGCAACCACAAGAGCAUCUCCCUGAGUCGCUGAUCAACUCCAUCAUCACUACCCGCCACGUCAACGCAGCCCUCUUCAACCUCCGUCAAUUACACUUUGGCAUUUUCGACAUGACCGUCCACACUCCCAAAUCGCACGAUGAAGUCGUCGCCAUCAAGACUGGAGACCUGUACAACAGCCUCCGCCACUCCAUCGUCAAGCUCGCCGGGCCCGAAACCCUCCCAGGCGGCAACGACAGCUGGGGUCAUGGCGAGGCCACCUUCGGCCAUCUCAUCGGCGGCUACGAUGCUGGCUAUUACGGCUACCUCAGCAGCCAAGUCUACUCAGCAGACAUGUUCGCAAGCGUGUUCGCCAAGGACCCCAUGAACGGCAAAGAUGGUCGUCGUUACCGCCAUACGGUGCUCGAGCGAGGUGGAAGCCGCGACGAGGGUGAGAUUCUGAAGGAGUUCCUUGGUCGGGAGCCCAGUAGCGAGGCCUUCUACCGAGAAUUGGGAAUUGCGUCGUAGGAGGUAGUUUCUUGUAUGAAAUGAAAAUUCAUGAGAUUAUGAAAUUUUGCAAUGGGUAUGCGUGUGGUAAAUAUAUUGCUUCACAAUGAAGAUGUUACAUCGGCUUUUAAUCGUAAGGGGAGUAGGGGUGGUUUCUUU